CGGCGCACGUAGUUGCAGCAGCCUGGUGCUCGAAUGGUCUGUGCUUUGUUUUGAUGUUUUUCGUGCAUGUUUUGUGCACUUUCGGUCGAUCUGAUCACACUUACAGCCGAAACGAGCUCCUUAAAAUCGGAUUACGUUACGAAGGACGUGUAACAGGCGAGUUUAUCCGGUUGCACGAGAUUCCGUUGGAGAUCGCUAGGAGCCCCGGCCCUUCGUGGUUUCCUAUCCCAUCACGCGGGACGCGCAGGCGGCGCAGGAGGAGGAAGAGGGGCCGCAGAGCUGGCGCGCUAGCCAGGCUAAGGAGGCUGCCGCUCAAACCACCGCUCCCCAGCUUAUUCCUCUCGAACGCCAGAUCCCUCCUAAACAAGAUGGAUGAACUGAGGCUGCAGGUGGCGACAGACAACUGUGUUAAGGAUGUUUGUGCUCUGCUCAUCACGGAGACCUGGCUGCAACACUCAGUUCCUGAUUCAGCUAUCGAGCUAGCGGGCUACACAGCGCUGCGCCGUGACCGAACAGCUGAUUCCGGCAAGAGCAGAGGAGGUGGGGUCUGUGUAUACGUCAACAACAGCUGGUGUACCAACACAGUGACAAUAGACAGUCAAUGUUCACCUGACAUUGAAUAUUUGACUGUUAAAUGCAGACCCUUCUACCUCCCAAGAGAGUUCACUGCAGUCAUGGUUACAGCUGUGUACAUCCCACCUGAUGCUAAUGCUAACUCGGCUAUGGAAAUUCUUCAUGCUAGAAUUAGCAAUCAACAGAGCCAGUACCCUGACGCUGUGCAGAUCAUUGCUGGGGAUUUUAACCAUGCAGACCUGAAGACAUCACUGCCUAAAUUCUACCAGCAUGUUAAGUGUGCCACAAGAGGAAACAACACACUGGAUAAAGUCUAUUCCAACGUCAAGAUGGGCUACAGAGCCAGACCUCAACCUCACCUGGGCCUUUCCGACCAUCUGUCCCUGCUGCUAAUUCCUGCAUACGUCCCAGUCAGGAAAACUGCUCCCAUCCUCACAAGGACUGUUCCCACUUGGCCAGAUGAUGCCUCCCAGCGGCUGCAGGACUGCUUUGAGCGGACAGAUUGGGAGGUGUUUGAACAUCAGGACCUGGAGAAUUUCACUGACAGCGUGCUGUGCUACAUUAAGAACUGCGUAGAAACAGUCACGGUGAACAAACUCAUCCGGGUAUACCCCAACCAGAAGCCCUGGAUGACUCAGGAGGUCAAACAGCUUCUGAGGAAGAGAAACACCGCCCACAAGUCCGGCGAUAAAGACCUCUACAGCGCAGCCCGCACCAACCUGAGGAGAGGCAUCAGAAAGGCCAAAGCAGACUACAGGAGGAAGAUUGAACACCACCUGGACAGCAAUGACAACCGGCAGGUGUGGCAGGGUGUCCAACAGCUCACAAACUACAGGACCAACCUUGGAGCUGCUGAAGGUGACAUCACACUGGCAGAGGACUUAAACAUCUUUUUUGCCCGCUUCGAUGUCACAACACAACAGGCACCUCAGCUUCACCCAACAGCCCAUAACAGCACAGUCCUGGUCCUGGAUGAGCAUGAGGUGAGACGGACCCUGCGCGCAGUCAAUCCGAGGAAGGCGGCCGGUCCUGAUGGCGUCCCUGGGAGAGUGCUGAGGGAUUGUGCAGACCAGCUGACUCCGGUCUUCACAAAAAUCUUCAACCGAUCCCUGGCACAGUCAACGGUCCCAGUCUGCCUCAAGUCCUCCAUCAUCGUUCCUCUGCCCAAGAAGCCUCACGUCUCCAGCUUCAACGACUACAGACCAGUGGCUCUCACUCCAACAG